UGGGGAAGCCGCCCGGCUUUGGAGAUGCCCGAGGUCGUCCUUGGACUCGGGGGGAGGCACCGCGUCCGGAGAGGGGACUCCAACGGGGACUGCCUCCGGGAGACGCGUCUCCCGGCUCCCCUCGUCUUUAGGAGGAAGGCUCCAGGAUGGAUCUCCUGAGUGUGGAGUCCCGAGUGGGCAGGGUCGCGCUUGUGCCGCUCGGGAGGCCAGUUUGACCCGUCUGUCCCGGGGAGAAGUUGGCCCGGACCGGAGCGGGUCGGCCCCGCACCCGCCCACACAGGCCAGGCCGAGGGCUGCACGGCCGGGUUUGGGACUCAGGAUUCUGACCACAGCCCAGGGAUGAGUCGGGGCGGGGCGAGUGGAACCCUGCUGGGAUGGACUUGUCCGGAGCCCUCCGCCCUGUCACUCUCUGGAAGUCGCGCUGGGCGAGCAGCUUCCAGGCGGGCUUCCGGAAAGGCAGGGAGCCGUCUGAUAUGCCCCCUACCAACAUCCCCAGCGCAGUGCACCUCCCCCCAGCCUGGGUAUCAAGAAUAACUCUACCUCCUAUGGAGACUGGAGGGUGCUGUCAUUAGUCCCACCUCUGUAAAGAGCUGUGGGGGCUGGAUGGUCAUGGGGGAGCCUGGUAGAGAGGAGUAUAAAAUCCAGUCUUUUGAUGCAGAGACUCAGCAGCUGCUGAAGACAGCACUCAAAGAGCCAGGUGCUGUGGACUUGGAAAAGGUGGCCAACGUGAUCGUGGACCAUUCUCUGCAGGACUGUGUGUUCAGCAAAGAAGCAGGACGCAUGUGCUAUGCCAUUAUUCAGGCUGAGAGCAAGCAAGCAGGCCAGAGUGUCUUCCGACGGGGACUCCUCAACCGGCUGCAGCAGGAGUACCAGGCUCGGGAGCAGCUGCGAGCCCGGUCCCUGCAGGGCUGGGUCUGCUAUGUCACCUUUAUCUGCAACAUCUUUGACUACCUGAGGGUGAACAACAUGCCCAUGAUGGCCCUGGUGAACCCUGUGUACGACUGCCUCUUCCGGCUGGCCCAGCCCGACAGUCUGAGCAAGGAGGAGGAGGUGGACUGCCUGGUGCUGCAGCUGCACCGAGUAGGGGAGCAGCUGGAGAAGAUGAACCGACAGCGCAUGGAUGAGCUCUUUGUCCUGAUCCGGGACGGCUUCCUGCUCCCCAGCGGCCUCAGCUCCCUGGCCCAGCUGCUGCUGCUUGAAAUCAUCGAAUUUCGGGCAGCUGGCUGGAAGACGACCCCGGCUGCCCACAAGUAUUACUACAGUGAGGUCUCCGACUAGGCCUCCAGCUCAGGCUGCCUCACCAGCAGCACAGGCCUCUCACCUACCCAACUCCCUGCCUCCCAAAGACUGUCCCUUGCAGACCUUCAGUGGCUCCUGAGAAGUUCCCCACUUACAUGGUGGUCCUGCCCUGAGCACCUUCUCUCCUGGAUUCAGGGACUGGGGAAGACACCACACAGACCUGCCCUCACCGUCCCAUCAGCCUCUACUCCAUCACCUCCAGCCUGGGCCAUGCAGAGAAAGGCAGCUUCUAACACCCACUGCACUGUGUAACCACCAGUGCAAGAGCCAGCUUGGUGCCUCAGCUUCCCCAUUUGUAAAAUGGGUACCCAGAGCUACUGGUGGGAUAUUUUGGGAUAUUGAGGGGCAGAGCACAAGUCACCCCAGAAGCUGCUUUUUAUACAUUUUGUACAAGGACCACUUUGGAAACGAAUGUAUUUCCAGUCAAUUUUAGUAAAUGGCAGUUUCUAUAUCACAUGCUACACCAGUUCAGGGCGAGAAUUUUCUAAUAAAUCGUUUCUAAUAUUAAAA